AUGUCUCUCGAUAAGCUGGAUAUGGAAAAAAGGAAGCAGAUUAGUGUGCGUGGCAUUGCACAAGUUGAGAACGUAGCUAAUUUAAAGACGUCUUUCAAUCGUCAUCUCCACUUCGACAUCGUUAAGGACAGAAAUGUCGCAACUCCGCGGGAUUUUUACCUGGCGCUUGCGAGAACCGUUUGGGAUCAUCUAUGUUCCCGUUGGAUUAGGACACAGCAAUCAUAUUACAAAGAAGAUCCAAAGCGCGUGUACUACCUCUCGCUGGAAUUCUACAUGGGCCGCACCUUAACGAACACCAUGAUGAACGUGAACAUCACGGCUGCAAUCGACGAAGCCCUCUACCAGAUGGGUCUGGAUAUCGAGGAGUUGGAGGAGAUCGAGUCUGACGCGGGGUUGGGCAACGGCGGUCUUGGACGCCUCGCUGCAUGCUUCCUCGACUCCAUGGCAACGCUGGGACUGGCCGCGUACGGCUACGGUAUUCGCUACGACUACGGCAUUUUUGAGCAAAAAAUCGAAAACGGAUGGCAGGUUGAGGAACCGGACGAGUGGCUGCGUUACGGCAACCCGUGGGAAAAGGGCCGUCCCGAGUACUCCUACCCGGUCAACUUCUACGGCCAGGUGGAGGACGCCGGCAACGGCAAGCGCAAGUGGGUCAACGCGCAGGCCGUCUUCGCGAUGCCCUACGACACCCCGGUGCCGGGCUACCGCAACAACACCUGCAACACCCUCCGUCUGUGGUCCGCCAAGGCCUCCAGUGGCUUCGACUUGCGCAUCUUCAACACCGGCGCCUACAUCGACGCUGUUUGUGGUCGCAACACUGCGGAGAACAUUUCGCGGGUGCUCUACCCCAAUGACAACUUCUUCGAGGGCAAGGAACUUCGGCUCAAGCAGGAGUACUUCUUGGUUGCCGCUACUAUCCAGGAUAUUCUCAGGAGGUACCGCAUAACGGCGCACGGCAUUAGGUCCCUGGAUCAUCUGGCAGACAAAGUCGCGAUCCAACUGAACGACACCCACCCCUCUUUGGCCAUCCCCGAGCUCAUGCGCGUUCUGGUGGACGUCGAAGGCAUGGAAUGGAACAAGGCCUGGGAAAUCAGCUGCGCCACAUUCGCGUACACCAACCACACCAUCUUGCCCGAGGCCCUGGAGCGUUGGCCGUGCUGCAUGCUUCAGCACAUCCUUCCACGCCACCUCGAGAUCAUCUACCGCAUCAACCACGAAUUCUUGCAGUUGGUGCUUGCAAAGUGGCCCAACGAUUUGGAUCGUAUGCGGAGGAUGUCGAUUGUAGAGGAGGACGGCGAAAAACGGGUCAACAUGGCCUACCUCUGCAUCAUCGGCUCCCAUGUUGUGAACGGUGUCUCCGCCGUCCACUCGGAUAUAAUCAAGCGUGAAACGUUCCGCAAUUUCUACGAGCUCUGGCCUGAGAAGUUCCAGAACAAGACCAAUGGCAUCACUCCGCGGCGUUGGCUUCUCCUCUGCAAUCCAUCCCUCUCUGACGAGAUCAUGGAAGCCCUCGGCGACGACAAGUGGAUCACCAACUUCGAGCUCUUGAAAAAUCUUCGUUCCCUAUCCAACACCGAUGGCUUCUUGCACAGUCUCAUUCGUAUAAAGCGUGAUAACAAGGCCAAAUUCGCCUCCUACAUGGAACAGCAUUACAACAUCAAAAUUAACCCCGCCACCAUGUUCGACAUUCAGGUCAAGCGAAUUCAUGAGUACAAGCGUCAACUGCUGAAUUGCUUCUACGUGAUUUCGCAGUACAACAAGAUCAAGGCGAAUCCCAACGUGAAAAUGAUUCCGCGCACUGUGAUGAUCGGUGGCAAGGCUGCACCGGGCUACCACAUGGCCAAGCUCAUCAUCAAGUUGAUCAACAGCGUUGGCACUGUGAUCAACAACGACCCGAUCGUGCGUGGACGCCUCAAGCUCAUCUUCCUCGAAAACUACCGCGUUUCCCUAGCAGAGAAGAUCUUCCCCGCCGCGGAUCUUUCUCAGCAGAUCUCAACCGCCGGCACUGAGGCCUCAGGAACUGGCAACAUGAAGUUUAUGCUCAACGGUGCCCUGACACUUGGCACCAUGGAUGGCGCCAACAUUGAGAUGUGCGAGGAGUGUGGCCGUGAGAACAUGUUCAUCUUCGGCAUGACUGUCGACCAAGUUGACGAGCUCAAUCGUAAAGGCUACAACUCACAGGAAUUCAUCGAGGCAUGCCCAGAGUUGAAACAGGUGCUGGAGCAAAUCAACAAUGGCUUCUUCAGCCCCGACCAGCCGGAUCUCUUUAAGGACAUCUACAAGACCAUGAUGUUCGGCGAUCGAUUCAUGCUGUGUGCCGACUUCGCCGACUACAUGCGUGUCCAGGCUGAAGUCGACAAGGCUUACGAGGAUGAAAUGAGAUGGGCGAAGAUGGUGCUUGCGAACAUCGCAGGCUCCUGGAAGUUCUCCUCCGACCGGACAAUCCGCGAGUACGCGCGGGACAUCUGGGGAGUGGAGCCGCGCGAGGAGAAGAUGCCCGCUCCCUUCGAGAACCCCGAUGCCAACGCGUUGCACACCAAGUAG